ACCUCCUGGUAUUGUUGGUGGCCAGUGAUGUGUUCGAUGUAGAUGUCCCUGGACCAUCGGAUUGUGUCAGAGACCAUGAGGCGCCGCAUGAGCCGUGCAUGUCGUCGACCGAUCCUGCAGGUCCACAGCACACGCUCGUUGCAGGGGUCCCAAGCGCUCAGGGCUCCGACGAUCAGGGCAUCCAUCUGCACCUCGUAGCUCUUCGCUCUCAGGGUGUCGGCCAGGAGGGCGUAUUUUUCCAGCUUACGAGCUCAGGAUUCGUGGAAGGCCAGGGUUCUGUUCUCGAAGGAGACCAUGAUGUCGAUGAGGAUGAUCUUUUUCUGGUCCUCGUCGGUGACUACCACAUCAGGUCGCAACUGGCUGUCCGUCCCGGGCAUGGUGGAGUUCACGGCGACCUCCCCCUGGCGCGGUGCGAUGGCUUUCACCAGGCGGUUCUGGAUGGCGUUGUGGCGCAGCUGCCAGGCUCUGGAGUAGGGCUUGCAGCUGCACAGGACGUGGGGCAGGGUCUGGUUGGAGUAGGCGCACUUCCUUCAACGUUUGUCUCUGUUCCUGUGGCGGACGGCUCCGUUGAGCAGGACACAGUUGAGCCGGGUGCGGUGGAUGAACUGCCAGUCGGCGAAACGGGUGAAGCUGCCCCUGGCAAGGAAAUGGUUGCUGGAGUCCCACUUGCUGAUUCCCUGGUUUUGGUAAUAGUUACCAUAUGAACUGGAUAUAUGGGCCUGUAGCGGUAUAGAAGUUUGCAAGCCUCUGGAAACUAACAGAAAGGUAUUAUGUAUACAUUUGUUAUAAGCGCAUUUCAUAGCAAUUUCUGAAAGACUAGUCAUUUUCUAAAUCUGCACCAAUAUUAACCAUGGAAAAGGAGUUCAGAGUUCAAAGCUGUUAUUGCUAAUAGUCUCUACUGCUGUGAAAACUGAUGUGAACAUCAGGACAUAUAGUUCUUGAGUGGGUCAGUGAAACAAAACAACGCAUUGUUUUGUAAUACAGUGCAUGGAUCCUUUGGAAUCUAUAGCUACCUGUUUUUCCUGUUUCAUUGUAUACAGAGGAAUGUAAGUGUUUGAGGAAUGUAAGGUCACACCCCUUUAUGUUUGCAAACAAUGGUAUUAUACUACACCCUCAUGGUACUGAAAGUUGAAUUACAGUGUGCACACUUAAACACAAUCAUUUUUAAAGAUACUUAAGAUUCGUGUAUAUCAGUGUCGAAUGGGGACUUUGGUGUAGUCAGCUUAAAUGCAAAGCAAUAUUUUCAAGAAAGGAAACAAAUACUCUUAAAAUGUUUCAGAGUGAGAGAUUUGCAGUGAAAAUAUAGUUUCUAAUAAAAAAAAAAAAAAUUAAGAGGGGUGGGUCAUACCAGUUUGAAAUCAUGUGAACCAGCGGACUUUCAAAUCCAUAGAUGAUAAAACCUAUUUUGAAUUAGCCUUGCAAACCGUAGUUGUCAUUAAUGUUGUUGUUAAACAAUUGCUCUAAUGCACCCAAACUUUGACUCUUAAGGUCCUGGUCCUGCAAAUGUUUGUGUAUGUGCUUAACUUUAAGCAUGUGAUUAGUCACAGUGAAGUUAGCAUAUCCAUAAGUGCCCCAUAAAAUUGAGGCCUGAAUGGUACAGAGAGAAGAUAAAUAUUACAGAUUUAUAAAGGAAACUGACUUCUCGUGAGCGGCAUUUAUAUAUUUAUAAAUUCAUCUAAACAAGCUGACUGACCUGUUAAAAUGCCAGUCACUAAAGAAAUUCUACUAUUGGGUAAGGAUGCAGAGUAGUUAGAUGUAUUCAAGUUGGCCUGAUACAAUUAAUCCUCAGGUACUUGGGGAACUAGCAGAAGCAAUCUUGGAACUGUUAGCGAUUCUCUUUGAGAACUUCUGAAGGAUGGGUGGGGCCGGAGGGGACUGGAGAAGGACAAACAUAAUAUCUGUCUUUAAUAAGGGGACAGAGGACCUGGGGAAUUAUAGACCAGCCAGCCCAAUUUUGAUACCUGGAAAGAUGCUGGAACAAAUUAUUAAACAAUCACUUGGUUAGUGCCUAAAGGAUAAUAGGGUUAUAAGUAAUAGCCAACAGGAACUUGUUAAGAACUAAUCAUGCCAUACUAAUCUAAUUUCCUUCUUUGACAGGGUUGCUGACCUAGUGGAUAGGAGUCCGGUGGCACCUUAAAGACUAAGGGAUUUAUUUGGGCAUAAGCUUUCAUGGGUAAAAAACUCACUUCUUCAGUUGCAUGGAGUAAAAAUUACAGCUGCAGGCAUAAAUAUACUGACACGUGAAGAGAAGGGAAUUACCUUACAAGUGGAGAACCAGCGCUGACAGGGCCAAUUCAAUCAGGGUGCAUGUGGUCCACUCCCAAUAAUUGAUGAAGAGGUGUCAAUUCCAAAAGAGGGAAAAUUGCUUUUGUAGUGAGCCAGCCACUCCCAGUGCCUAUUCAAGCCCAAAUUAAGGAUGUUAAAUUUGCAAAUGAAUUGUAGCUCUGCAGUUUCUCUUUGAAGUCUGUUUUUGAAGUUUUUUUUUGUUGAAGAAUGGAUACUUUUUUUAAAUCUGUUAUAGAAUGUCCAGGGAUAUUGAAGUGUUCUACUGGACUCCUUGUUGUUGUUGUGGAUACAGACUAACAUGGCUAGUGCUCUGAGAGGGGAUGGGGUGAAGCAGAAAAUUUGAUGUACCUUGAUUUUAGUAAAGCUUUUCACACACACUCCUGACAUUCUCAUUAGCAAACUUGGGAGAUGUGGUCUAAAUUAAAUUAUUAAAAAAUGAGUGCACAGUUGUUUGAAUAUGGUUUUUCAAAGAGUAGUUAAUGGUUUACUGUCAAACUGGAUGUGUCUCUCUCUCUAUCGGGGUCCUCCAGGGGCCUGUCCUGGGUCUAGUACUAGUCAAUAUGUUCAAUAAUGACUUGGAUAACAGAGUGGAAUGUGUGCUUAUAAAAUUUGUGGAUGACGCCAAAAAUGGGAGGGGAUGCAAGUACUUUGGAGGACAGGAUUAGAAUUCAAAACAACUUUGACAAAUGAGGAUUGGUUUGAAAUCACCAAGGUGAAAUUCAGUAAAGAUAAAUGCAUUUGAUUUUAAUUCCUAAGUAUAGUAAUUUGCACAAUUACAAAAUGGGGAAUAACUGACUAGGUCGUAGUACUGCUGAAUAGGCUCUGGGGGUUAGAGUGGAUCACAAAUUGAGUAUGAACCAACAAUGUGAUGCACUUGUGAAAAGGGCUAAUAUUAUUCAGGAGUGUAGUAUGUAAUACCCAGGUGCUAAUUAUCCUGUUUUAUUUGGCAGUGGUGAGGCUACAGCUGGAGUACUGUAUCAGAUUGUGGGUACAAGACUUUAGGAAAGAUGGCUAAGUUGGAGAGGAUCCAGAGGAAAGCAACAAAAAUUAUAAAAGGUUUAGAAAACCUGACCUAUGAGGAAAGGUUUUUUCAAAAAGGGCAUGUUUAGUCUUAAGAAAAGACUUAUCAAGUCUACCUUAAGUCAUCAACUAUUACAAAGAAGACUAUGAUCAAUUGUUCUUUACAUGGACUGAAGAUAGAACACAACUAAUAGGCUAAAUUUGUAGCAAGGGAGAUUUAGGUUACAUAUUAGGAAAAAUCCUUUAACUAUAAGGGUUAACUAAAUUCUGAAAUAGUUUUUCAUGGGAAGUGGUGGAAUCCCAAUCAGUGAAGGCUUUUUAGAACAGGUUGGACAAACACCUGUCGGGGCUGAUCUACAUGGUCCUGCCGGAGUGCAGGUGGCUGAACGAGGUUACCUCUUGAGGUCCCUUCCAGCUCUACAUUUCUAACCUGGGCAUGUUAGCCAGGAGCAUGAUGGAUAUACUAAUUUGUACAUAAAUUCAGAUACACUUCCAAAUAAAAUAAAUGUAAAAACCCAUU